AUGAGCGUGCUGGCAGAUGAAAGGUUGCAGUUGGCGCUUCAGUUGAAAGAGAUAGAACACCGAGACGAGAAUCGAAAACAUUUGAUCAGGCUUUGCGUCAUGAAGGCAUUAUGCCUAACUCAAGAAGCUACGGUCCCUGCAAGCUCACAAGAUCCCGUCAAUUUCGAUGCACUACAGAAAAAAGUCCAUGCAUUCGAGCUUCAGGUGGCCAGUUUGAAGAUGCAGUUAUCAACCAAAGAACAGGCGCACGCAGCGAAAGUCGACGACCUUCGAGAGGAGAUUGCUCGGUUGAAGAAAAAUAGCGACUUUUGUGCCGGUUCAAACGUUGCUCGAGCAAGUACUAGGGCCUCUAGAGGCAGGGUGAAGCUUGCGGCUGUCGGGUCUCCCGUGUCUCGACUGACGAUCUCAAUGUCGCUGUUUUUCGCCAAAUCACCUUUCUCAGACCUGAAGAGUGGGCGAGGAAACUCCUUUUCGGGGGAUGGGAUUGCAUCUGUGGCGUCCCAAGCGUCUUUCAAACUUUCUCGUAGUGGGCCCAAGCCUAUCGAGGAGGUUUUUUCGCCAAACAACUCAAGCGCUGAGUCCACGCCCAAGAAGUCUAAAACCAACAGCGAUAUUCUCCAGGAGUCAAGCCGCAUCGAACCUCAGGGCCUGAGCGGAAUUGGCACAGAGAAGCGAGCGUCUUCUGAGACCCUGACCACGAGCAAUACUACGGUGUCGGACCCCGAAGAGACGUUUCUAAGUGCAAAUAUGACCUUCGAGUCCGAAAAGGAGAAGAAGACCAAGAGAAAGAAAAUCAGAUUGGUUUCGUCGGAGGCGUCGAAGCUCAUCUUGGCACAGCAUGACGGGGGCCACGACGAAGAAAAGGACUUGAACUCACUCAAGUAUUACCAGGACGAGAAUUUCGAAAGCGGGUCGGGGUCACCUGCCCGGCCCCAGAAACGCCCAGCUGCAGCUGGUCCAGUAACAAAGAAGAAACACGUGUUCAAGAUUGGCUAG